CUCCCGCCUGGCUUGCUGCGCUUGGCUUUGGCCUUGCGCCUCCCUCAGCUCCCUUCUCCGCCCCCCUCUGCCCUCCCCUUUCCUCUCUCUCUCUUUCUUUCUCUCCCUCCCUGCCUCCCUCCUCUUCCUCCUCCUCCUCCCCCUCCUGCCGCCGCUACCGCUGCAGCUGCCAGACCUCGCCAGUUCAGACCCACGGGGCUGCCCUCCCCAGCGCACUCCCCUCGCUGUCGGGGCCUGGAGCGCAGCGCGGCAGCGCAGAUUCACGAUGUUGAAGGUCCUUUCCCUGACUAUGCUGACCCUGGCUCUGGUCAAGUCACAGGACACGGAAGAAACCAUCACGUACACGCAAUGCACAGAUGGAUAUGAGUGGGAUCCUGUAAGACAGCAGUGCAAAGAUAUUGAUGAAUGUGACAUUGUCCCAGAUGCUUGCAAAGGUGGAAUGAAAUGUGUCAACCACUAUGGAGGUUAUCUGUGCCUUCCUAAAACAGCCCAGAUUAUUGUCAAUAAUGAACAACCUCAGCGAGAAACACCAGCAGGUGAAGGUGCAGGUGCAGCUGCAAAUGCAGCGGCAACCUCAGGGGCAGCCCCUGGGAGUGCAGCUGCCAGUGGCAUGGCUGCCAGCGGAGUGGUGCCCGGGGGCAGUUUGGUUGUCAGUGCUGCUGCUGUCGCAGGCCCUGAAGUGCAGACUGGGCGAAACAACUUUGUCAUUCGGCGGAACCCAGCUGACCCUCAGCGCUUUCCCUCUAACCCCUCUCACCGCAUCCAGUGUGCAACGGGCUACGAGCAGAGCGAGCAAAAUGUGUGCCAAGACAUAGAUGAGUGCACUGCAGGAACACACAACUGUCGAGCAGACCAGGUGUGUAUCAAUUUACGAGGCUCCUUCACCUGUCAGUGCCCACCAGGGUAUCAGAAGCGAGGAGAGCAGUGUGUUGAUAUAGAUGAAUGCACCAUCCCUCCAUAUUGUCAUCAAAGAUGUGUGAACACGCCAGGCUCAUUUUAUUGCCAGUGCAGUGCUGGGUUUCAGUUGGCAGCAAACAACUACACCUGUGUAGAUAUAAAUGAAUGUGAUGCCAGCAAUCAAUGUGCUCAGCAAUGCUACAAUAUUCUCGGUUCAUUCAUCUGUCAUUGUAAUCAAGGAUACGAGCUAAGCAGUGACAGGCUCAACUGUGAAGAUAUUGAUGAAUGCAGAACCUCCAGCUACCUGUGUCAAUAUCAAUGUGUCAAUGAACCUGGGAAAUUCUCAUGUAUGUGCCCUCAGGGAUACCAAGUGGUGAGAAGCAGAACAUGUCAGGAUAUAAAUGAGUGUGAGACUACAAAUGAAUGCCGGGAGGAUGAAAUGUGUUGGAAUUAUCAUGGUGGCUUCCGCUGCUAUCCACGAAAUCCUUGUCAAGAUCCCUACAUUCUAACAUCAGAGAAUCGAUGUGUUUGCCCAGUCUCAAACGCUGUGUGCCGAGAACUUCCCCAGUCCAUAGUCUACAAAUACAUGAGCAUCCGAUCUGAUAGGUCUGUGCCAUCAGACAUCUUCCAGAUACAGGCCACGACUAUUUAUGCCAACACUAUCAAUACUUUUAGGAUUAAAUCUGGAAACGAAAAUGGAGAGUUCUACCUAAGACAAACAAGCCCUGUAAGUGCAAUGCUUGUGCUGGUGAAGUCGCUAACAGGACCGAGGGAGUACAUCGUGGACCUGGAGAUGAUGACAGUCAGCAGUAUAGGAACAUUCCGCACAAGCUCAGUGUUAAGAUUGACAAUAAUAGUGGGGCCAUUUUCAUUUUAGUCUUUCAUUAGAGUCCACCACAGACAUUUAAAUCAGCCAAAGAGUAUUGUUACUUUAAAGCACUAUUUUAUUUAUAGACAUAUCUAGUACCAUCUACAUCUAUAUUCUGUACACUCACCCAUAAUUCAAACAAUUACACUAUGGUAUAAAAUGGGCAUUUAAUCUGUAAAUAUUCAAAGUUUGUCUUAGUUACUGUAUGUAAAUUAGACAUUAAUCCACUACACUGGUCUUGUCCAAGACAGCUAUACAUACACUAUACAGUGAAAUUUGGAUUCUUUCCUGCAAAAGUGGGGCCAGGCAAUGAUGAUCUUGUGUGGUGCUUAAGAAACUUUUACUACAGCUCCACUGACAGUCUCAAAGGAAGCGGCCAUCCUAACAGUGAAUAGCAUGCAAGGGCUAGAAUGAGUUUUUUUAACUGCUUUGUAAGAAAAUGAAAAAAAAUCAAUAAAGAUAUAUUUCUUUAGAAAAUGAGGAGCUACCAUAUUUGUUUUGAUUUUUAUUUUAUGAUCUAAAGGUCUAAAGGUAGUUGUUUAUUACACAGUAAUACGUCAUUAUAUAAUAUGCUGAUUCAGUAGGAUAUUUUAAAUCUUGUCAGAAAUUUUUAUUAUGAAUGUUAAGAAAAAGUAAGCAAAACUCUCCCAAAAUGAAUAAUGUAUCCCCUGGAAAUUUAUUCUAUUGAGAAAUCUAAUGGAGGAGACAAGAAAACAAAUCCUUUCUAAACUACAUUGGCUGAUCUGAAGAGCAAACUCAGUAAAUGUAAUAAGGUCCCCUGAAUUCAAGACUUCUACAGGAUAUGAAGAAAAAUGAAGAAAGGAAGUUUUAAUUUAUGGAUAACAUUAAGAUCCUGCAGCUUUACUUCCUAAUAAGUAAAAUUUCUCAUCUCUGUACUCAAUGCUCACAGAGGAAAAGAAUGGUGAUGGUUCUUAUUUCCAGCAUCAGAGGGACAAUGAACUAAAACAAAUUACCCUCCCUCCCAAUUCUAAGAAAAGGCUUUAUGUCUUCUUAUUUGUUUGAAAUGUAACCACUUCACUUUGUUGUAUCAUAUUUUUAAAUAAAAAUAAAUACUCUUUUAGAGGAUCA